GCAGGACAGGUUGAAACUGCACUUACAUUUCACGAUUAUCGGGAAUCCUUGAUUCUUAUCAUUAAACGUUCUGUAUUAUGGUGUGCUGCAUGACAAAACACUUAUCACAACAACAAAAAUAUUCACAUUUCUUCACAAGACAGAGACAAAGGUAUGUUUUGAUAUAAUGAAGACCAUGUUUCAUAUAGUUUUAGCGGUCUUCGCGUGUUUGUGUCUACCGAUUGUCGUGCUAACAGCCAGUUCAGCAGAUUAUGAACAACUUUACCAACAGUAUAUUUCUGCGCGCAAUCCAAGAAUUAGACCUGUACUGAAUGACGUCGACACCACGAACAUCACUCUGUUGUACCUGACAAUCAACAUGGUGGACCUCAACGAGGACCUUUUGUCAGUGAUAGGAUACAUGGGUGUCACUUGGAAAGACGAGUUUCUCGUCUGGGAUUCGGAUGCCUAUGGCGGAGUGUCAUCACUUUACCCCGAUCCAGACACAAUCUGGAAGCCAUCUAUCGCGGUGAGGAACUCCGUAAACAAGUUGACACCUGUCAAUCAGAAGUAUCAAUACAUCACAGUGACGUCAUUGGGAAAUGUCAUGUGGUUUCCAGGCGAUACUUUCUGGACAUUUUGUAACGUGGAUUUAUCCAAGUUCCCGUUCGACAAGCACGUGUGUCACAUUGACAUAGCUCUGUGGCGGUCCUACAGCUCGGAGGUCAAUCUUCUCCUAUCUCCAAACAUGAAGUUUCAGUUUGAGAACUUCCACGAGAGCGAUGACUGGACUCUUUCGGAGACGUCGGUCAAGGUAUUGACCUCCGAGUGGCAGUAUCCAUACGUGAGGAUGACGCUGAAGAUGAAACGAAAACCUGACAAAUAUAUCAAAAGCAUCAUUGUACCGACAAUUGCGCUGGCUAUUCUAAACGUGUUUGUAUUCCUCAUCCCAAACGAAUAUGGAGAAAGAAUUUUCUUCGCUAUGAACGUGCUGUUAAUGUUUGGACUGUUUACAGCUUAUAGCAUGACCAUUCUGCCUCAAAAUGCAUUCGGGUUGUCCACAAUGGGAAACUACAUGGUCACCUUCAUGGUUUUUAGCAUCGUCUAUAUUCUUUUAUCAAUUUUUUCUCUGAAUCUUUAUCACAAAGACGCCACUGCCGGCAGGGUUCCAAGAGGUGUUUGGAAUAUUUCAAAACGUCUAGAGACGGUUCUGUUCUGCACCUGCUGCGCUAAAAGACAGGCGUGGGUUUCUGGGACGGCCAAACCUACGACAGCUGGUUCAGCAGACAGCGAGGACGAACCUACCCGUGAGCGUGACGUCGUCGAGGUGUCGUGGAGGCGAGUGAGUCACGUCUGUGACAGACUCUUCUUUGUCGUGUUUCUCGUCAUCGUCCUCUUCUUUGUCAUCGGAUUCAUGACCAACUUACAAUCGCCAUAA